AUGUACAUGUCCCAGCUUUCUGUGUGGGAGGUGGUCCAGAGGAGUCUGAAUGGCUCCCAGUUGUACACCUACUCUGUGUGUAAUGUGGGCGAGCAUGAGCAGGACAACUGGUUGCGCACCACCUUCAUCCAGCGCCGCCCGUCGGCCUCUCGCGUCUUCGUGGAGCUGCAGUUCAUUGUGCGUGACUGCAACUCAUUUGAUGGCUCGUCGCUCACCUGCAAGGAGACCUUCAACCUGUUCUCCUCUGAGUCGGACGCCGACAUCGGCACCAGCUUCCGCAAGGGCCAGUUCAAGAAGGUGGCCACCAUCGCGCCGGACGAGAUCACCAGCCGCAAUGAGCUGCGCAUCAACACAGAGACGCGGGUGGUGGAGAGCCUCAGCAGGAAAGGCUUCUACCUGGCCUUCCAGGACAUUGGGGCCUGCAUGGCGCUGCUCUCUGUCAGGGUUUACUACAAGACCUGCCCGGCCACCGUCAAGAGCUUGGCAGCCUUCCCUGAGACAGUGGCGGGUGGGGGGGUGAACCAGGCCCUGAGGGAAGUGGCGGGGGCCUGCGUGGAGAACGCAGUGAGUGAGGAGUCGCCCCGCAUCUACUGCACGAUGGACGGAGAGUGGGUGGUGCCUGUUGGACAGUGCCAAUGCAUGCCCGGCUACGAGGCCUUCAACGACACAUGUCGAGAUUGUCAGCCAGGCUUCUUCAAAGAGUUCGUGUCCAACGACGCAUGCGAGCUUUGUCCUGUUAACACCAAGCUGCUGAGCUCCGGGGCACUGCUCUGUCCAUGUGCAGAAGACUUCUAUCGUGCUCCCGAUGAUCCAACUACAGGGCCUUGCUCAGGCCUGCCCUCAGCACCGCGAGAACUGGUCGCCACGACCACCCAGCUGGCGGCGGGCAAGCUGCAGCUGUCAUGGAGUCCGCCGGAGGACACGGGCGGCCGCAGUGACAUCAGCUACAGCGUGGAGUGCCGUCGCUGCGAGGGCACCGCGUGCCAGCCAUGCGGGGAGAAGGUGCGCCUCGAGCCGGCCAGCUCAGGCCUGAUGGACACCAAGGUGGCAGUGAGCGAGCUGGAGCCCCACCUCAACUACACGUUCACUGUGGAGGCCCACAGCGGAGUGUCGCUGUUCGCCAGCCAGGGGGCGCCACGCUCCAACAGGCCCCCAUCCACCAGCAUAUUGACCACUGCCCUGCACUACACAGACCCGCCCAAGGUGACGUCCAUGCGUCUGGACGAGCGGAGCCUCACCAGCCUUUCCCUGUCCUGGGCUGUAGCGCCCCGCAGGCCCAUGCCCCAGCCCACCCGCUACAAACUCACUUACCGCAAGAAGGAUGACAAUCUGGAUGUGACCACGUACACUGUUCUUAUUCUGGAGAAGAGAUCUGUGCAGAUCAGUGACUUGUCACCAGGCACAGCCUACCUUUUCAGGGUACAGGCCCUGAGCCCCGAGGGCAGCCCUGGAGGAUCCAGCAUAGAGGAUGAAUUUGAGACCCUGACUGAAGUGCCACUGUCCCAGAGCAACACUGGGGUCAUAUUCGGAGCAGCAGUUGGCGGAGCGGCCAUGUUGAUGAUUGUGGUGGUCGUCCUGCUCAUACGCAAACGGAGAAGGCGAUCUCAUACAAGACAAGGACCAGAGGAUACUUACUUCUCUAGCUCAGAGCAACUGAAGCCGCUGAAGACCUACGUGGAUCCGCACACAUACGAGGACCCCAACAUGGCCAUCCUCAAGUUUGCCAGCGAGAUCCAUCCCAGCCAUGUGACCAAGCAGAAAGUUAUUGGAGCAGGGGAGUUUGGAGAGGUGUACCGUGGUAUUCUGAAAGCGCCAGGGCGGAAGGAGGGGGCGGUGGCCAUUAAGACGCUGAAGCCGGGCUACUCAGAGAAGCAGAGGCAGGACUUCCUGUCAGAAGCGAGCAUCAUGGGACAGUUCUCCCACCAGAAUAUAAUUCGCCUGGAGGGAGUCGUCACCAAAUUCAAGCAUGCCAUGAUUGUGACUGAGUAUAUGGAGAACGGCGCACUGGACAAGUACCUAAAGGAUCGUGAUGGCGAGAUGCCCUCCUUCCAGCUGGUGGGCAUGAUGCAUGGCAUCGCCGCUGGCAUGAAGUACCUGUCUGACAUGAGCUACGUUCACCGGGACCUGGCUGCCCGCAACAUCCUGGUCAACAACAACCUGGAGUGUAAGGUGUCUGACUUCGGCCUGUCCCGAGUGCUGGAGGACGACCCUGAGGGCACCUACACCACCAGUGGUGGUAAGAUCCCCAUCCGCUGGACAGCCCCAGAGGCCAUUGCCUACAGGAAAUUCACCUCGGCCAGCGACGUGUGGAGCUUCGGCAUCGUCAUGUGGGAAGUCAUGGCCUUUGGCGAGCGGCCCUACUGGGACAUGAGCAACUGCGAGGUGAUGAAGGCCAUCAACGAGGCGUUCAGGCUGCCAGCGCCCAUGGACUGCCCAUCAGCCGUCUACCAGCUCAUGCUGCAGUGCUGGCUGCAGGACCGCUCCAAGAGGCCCCGUUUCCCGGACAUCGUCAGCCUGCUGGACAAGCUGCUCAGGAGCCCAGAGUCCUUGAAGGCUAUCGCAGACUUCGACCCCCGCGUAUCCAUCCGCCUGCCCAGCACAAGUGGUUCGGACGGCUCACCCUUCAGGUCGGUGUCAGAGUGGCUGGAGUCCAUCAAGAUGAGCCAGUACAGUGAGAACUUCACCUGCGCUGGAGUGGUCACCAUGGACCAGGUGCUGCAGAUGAAGAAUGUGGAUAUCAAGAACAUUGGCGUAAGACUGCCCGGCCACCUGAAGAGAAUUGCAUACAGCAUCCUGGGCUUGAAAGACCAGACCAGCACCCUGAGUGUAUUUGCAGUGUGACCCAAUGCUAGUGGUGCAGGAAUAUGAGUUGGGCAGCACUCUGACUGAACUUUGAACUCUGUGUUGGACUGGAGCGGAGCUGCGGGGACGGCUUUGGACAGACAAACAGAACUUCUUAGGGGCAUGGUCUAGCCAAAAGAGACUGAAAAUACUGUACAAUCUUAAAGAUUUCUAACAGACUUGUUAAGCGUAUCUAAAAAAAAAAAAGAAUGGAGUAUUUUUACAACAAUAGAUGUAUUGAUUAGACUGUGUAUAUUAUAUACUGUAUAUAUGUUGUAUUAUCCAUGUCAGUUGUACAGAUACAUUUCAAUCCCCAAUCUUUGUUAAUAUUUUGUUUGCAUGCUUCCCCUCUCUCCCCGGAAACUAAUCAAUUGAUAGAAGUCUUGGAAUAGCUUGUUCCGAGGUUGUCUCUUGUUUCCAUAGCAACUAAUAUUGAGAAGAGGAAAUUAAGAAGUCACAAAACCACUUACACCAAAGCAAUUAUUUGUGUGAAGUGGACUGCUGUGGCCUUUUGGGUAUGAGUCUGGCGGUGUUGGUGCCAGUGAAAUGCAUUGUGGUCCAUGUAAUCUCUUGCUAAACUAAUGAGAAUAGACUCGAAGCAGAGAGUGGACAUGAAUGGGCCUGGGCAGGACGUAUGUUGACAUGAUGGUGCAUUUGUGUAUGCCACAGUCUUGAGGUUAUUGUCUUAGUCCAGUUUGGGAUGUUGUUGGCUACUGUUGUGCCUUAUCUAGGCUUGAUUUAGAUGUUAAGCUAUGAUAUGAAUUUGUGUUUAUAUGAAAAUAACGUGAAAAGAUAUGAGGUACUCAUCAUGUUCAGUUUAACUGGCCGCAAAAGCUUGUGUUAAUUGAUUGGGAUCAAGAACAUCACUUAUAUUGAAGCACUUAAAUAAGUAACAACUGGGUUGAGUUGUCUCAUCUAAAACAUCUAUCUUGCCGUUAUUAUUAUCAUCAUGCCAUAGGAAGAUCAUUUGAAAUAAAAUGAGGCAGCUGAAAGAAUUUGUUAAAUUUGGGUCGUUCCACGAAAUGAGCUCCUUUUCGUCCCUUUGAUAUUUUAAGUACACAUUGUGCACAAAUAAAAAGCAUGUUAUAUUUAAUAUAGACCACAUGGAAAAUACAACAAAUCAGAUUUUUUAUGUGAAUGAAUACUUACUAAAGUGCCAAAAUGCAUCAUUUUGACAAGUCCCUCAGUUUAUCCUCUUUGACUCCCUAGGAAGAUUUUAACCCGCUUAACCCCAACAUUUGUCCAAAUGUUCACCAUCAUUGUAAGCCCUAGUUAUUUUGUGGCUUUGACAGUCAUUUCUGAAGAUUAUUAUUUAUUUAAUGU